UGCCCAUCACUAAACUGACAUGCCAUAUCCGUGUCUGUGUGGCUCUGAGAAAAACAAUGUGUCCUGAGAAUGUGCGGUAGUUGUUUGUGAUGUCACCUCUAGAAUGUUCUGAGUGCUUGGGAGACCAAUACCUACAAAGAAGAUGCACCUGGAAUUUCACUUUGAUUUCCUUUCUUAGAAGACAAAUACUUGAAAGUAUAGAGCGGGGCUCAGUUGAGCCUUUUCUCCAGAUCCAUAAUUUGUACUCCGUGCCAAGGUGCCCAGUACAGGCCUCCGCGCCAAGAGGAAGCCGAAGAACUGCAAGCCAACACUCAUACCCACUGAACCGAUUCUCCUCUGCUCCCAUCUGUGACGGCAUGGAGCACCCCACAUCACAGGCAGAGCUGGACGUGGACUACAACCUGCCACGGGUUCAGCUGAGCGACGAGAUGUUCGUCUUCCAGGACGGGAGAUGGGUGAAUGAGAACUGCCGCUUGCAAUCGCCGCAUUUCUCCCCCACCUCGUCUUUCCAUCAUAAGCUGCAUCACAAGAGGCUGGCCAAGGAAUACAUCCUGCAGGAGGAGAACAAGUCCCUCCGCGAGGAGAACAAGUCCCUCCGCGAGGAGAACAAAGUCUUGCGUAAGGAGAACAAAAUUCUGCAGGCCUUCUGGGAGGAGAACAGGGAAGAGAACAAAGGUGAGCUGGGGAGGGCGGCCGGAGCGGCUUCAUCCGUUCUGAUCCAAAAGGACAACACGGCGCUCCAGGUCCUGAAGAAGGACAGUACAGCGAUGCAGGUGCACAAGAAGGAAAGCGCCACUCUGCAGUUUCUCCGGGAGGAGAACAGAGCCCUGCAGCUCCUCUUAGAACAGCGAAAGGCUCACUGGCCGCACCCGGAGCAAAAGACAAACCCCCAGGAGGAAACGAAGGGCCCCCCAACUCCUCACGACGAGGUCCACAGUGCUUCGAGGCAGGCGGGGGAGAGCACCAUCCCUCCGUGCGAAGAACCCAAAGGGCCGCCGACCCUCCACGAUGACAGCAAAGCCCUUCGAGCCCUUAGGGAGCUGGUCAACAACCUCUCCAUCCCUCUCGAGGACAUCAAGGCUGUGCCGGGCCUCCAGGAAGAGGCCCAGUCUCUGCAGCUCCUUCGGGAAAUGAACCAAGCCCUGCAAGCGCUUCGGGAGGAGAAUCAGAGCCUGCACGCCUUGAGGGAGGAGAACCGGAUCCUGCACGAGGAGAACCGGACCCUCCAGCUCCUGAGAGAGGAGCAUCGGGCCUUUCAAGAGGAGAACAAGGCCCUGUGGGAGAACAACAAGCUGAAACUGCAGCAGAAGCUGGUGAUCGACACGGUGACAGAAGUCACUGCGAGGAUGGAGAUGCUCGUGGAAGAGUUAUAUGCCUUCAUGCCCUCCAAGAACAAGGAGCCCAAGAAGCCUGGCAGGGUGUGAGGGCUGGAAGGCCCCAAGGCCCAGAGCUCGGGGCGCCCACUUAAUAGAGCUUCACUUGAAAACUUCUUCCCCUUUCCCGGCCCCUUUCCCUCUGGAGUUCGUGCCUAUGGAAAGAGCAUAUUAUUGGCCCCAUUGAUGCCAGAGAAAUAAUAAAGGCAUGAGGAAGAGUU